ACGAUUAACCCCUCUGGCCACACCAACAUAAAGCUUACGCCCAGGACACGGCGCCGCGCUCUGCCCGGUGCAUCAUCCUCUCGCCAAUCUCGCGCUCCCCCUCGACUCUCGCCGCCGCCGCCGCCGCGGCCGUCGUCGUCGCCGUUGCGAGCACCACCAGAUAGAUCGACCAGAUGGGGAAGCGGAAGUCGACGCGCGCGAAGACGGCGCCGCGGAAGAAGGCGGAGAAGCUGGACACGUCCUUCUGCUGCCCCUUCUGCAACCACCCCGACAGCAUCGACUGCAAGAUCGACCUCAAGCACAUGGUGGCCGAGGCCUCGUGCAGCACCUGCAGCGAGAGCUACUCCACCACGGCGCACGCCCUCACCGAGCCCGUCGACGUCUACGCCGAGUGGAUCGACGAGUGCGAGAAGGCCAACGCCGACCGGGACGAGGCCAGCAACGACGUCGUUCGGGAAGAGGUGGACGACGACGAGUACGCAUGAUCGGUCCACCGUGUGAUCGAUCGUGUCCAAGUACACAAGUAUAGUACGAAAGUACGGCGGCACGAUCUGUUUUUCUUCUUCUUUUCUUUGCGUAGCGUUGUGAUUGGAUGCGUCGAUUCUUCCGUGUAGAUAUCUUUGUUGGUGCCGGAUGUAAAUCCUGCACUACCGCGUCACAACUCGUGGCAUCUCGUACUGGAGGCUUUUUA